UUUUGCGCAAUGCUGGAUAGGCUGUCUUCAUAGGAGACGGCUGAUAUUAAGAGUGUUUUUGAAAACGCUUUCACUGCAUACUGAUUAAGAGUUUUCCAUUCUCUUUCUCGCGUUUAAGCUGUUUGAGGGACAACAGACUGUGCCCCGUGACAGACAUAAAAUAUAGGACAAAUACGGUGAUUUAUUUGACAUUCGUCUGUCGAUAUAAAAAUUGGAAGGCAAUUGGUAAGAUGGCGCUUAAAAUGAACAUCGAGUGUUUCCGUGUGGUAACGGCAAUAGUCAUCCUGUUCUAUUCGGACCGGUCACUCUGCAGGUGCAAUGGUCUAUCCACGGUCCAGAGAAUUGGGAAUCAGAUCCUGGGAAGCAUGAACUACGCCUCCAGCCGGGCGAGGGAGGUGGUGGACCUCAUGUUUCUGGUAGACGAGUCUGGCAGCCUUUCCAGGAAGGAUUUCCAGUCGGAGUUGGAGUUUAUCAAGAACAUACUGGAACAUUUCAGCGUGGCGCCACAGUACACACAGGUCGGCAUUAUCACAUUUGGAAACGACGCCAAGGUCCACAUCAGUUUGGACGUGGGGUCGAAGCUGGACAAAUGCGAGUUCAUAAAGAGACUCGGUCACGUGGGGUACCGAGGAGGCAUGACCAACAUGCAGCAAGCGUUCUACUUGGCAAAGCAGAAUUUGGACCGAGUGCGGUCAACUGGUCGGGGCGCUCUACAGGUAU